AGGCCGGGUGCCUCCGCAGCUCGGCUGUCAGGGCCCGGCGGGGCGUGUGCGGCUGCUGGUGCGCGCCCCCCAGCCCCACGCCUCCCCAUGCAGCCCUGGCAGUGCCUCCGGCGCUUUGCCCUGGCCUGGUGGGAGAGGACGGCGGAGGGCAGAUCCCGCUCUCCCAGGGAGGAGGCUGGACCGAGGGACCCUGGGGGCCGAGGGGAGCCAGGGCUCCAGCGUGCGGCGGGAGGGAAGCCUCCAGGACUCUGUUCCCUCUGUUUAAAGUCUCCAGAUCCGGAGCGGAGCAGCCCCCCCAUGCUGUCUGCGGACGAUGCGGAGUACCCGCGGGAGUACCGGACCCUGGGGGGCGGGGGCGGCGGGGGCGGCGGGGGCCGGCGCUUCUCCAACGUGGGGCUGGUGCACACGUCCGAGCGGCGGCACACGGUGAUCGCGGCCCAGAGUCUGGAGGCGCUCAGCGGGCUCCAGAAGGCGGACGCCGACCGCAAGCGUGAUGCCUUCAUGGACCACCUGAAGAGCAAGUACCCGCAGCACGCCCUGGCCCUGCGAGGCCAGCAGGACAGGAUGCGAGAGCAGGUUGGCGGCUGGACCGUGGACCCCGUGUGCCUCCUCAGCUCCCUCUGCUCCCACCUCCAUGGCGACUCCGCCCCCUCCGGGGCUGGCCAGCCGGCCCAGCAGCCAAACUACUGGAGUUUCAAGACCCGCAGCUCACGCCACACUCAGGGAGCCCAGCCCGGGCUGGCAGACCAAGCGGCAAAGCUGUCGUACGCCUCGGCCGAGUCGCUGGAGACCAUGUCGGAGGCCGAGCUGCCCCUGGGCUUCAGCAGGAUGAACCGCUUCCGACAGAGCCUGCCUCUCUCCCGCUCGGCCAGCCAGACCAAGCUGCGCUCCCCAGGGGUGCUGUUCCUGCAGUUCGGGGAGGAGACUCGGCGCGUGCACAUCACGCACGAGGUCAGCAGCCUGGACACGCUGCACGCACUCAUCGCGCACAUGUUCCCGCAGAAGCUCACCAUGGGCAUGCUUAAGUCGCCCAAUACCGCCAUCCUCAUCAAAGACGAGGCUCGCAACGUCUUCUACGAGCUGGAGGACGUCCGGGACAUCCAGGACCGCAGUAUUAUCAAGAUCUACAGAAAGGAGCCCCUCUACGCUGCCUUCCCUGGCUCACAUCUCACCAACGGAGACCUCCGGAGAGAGAUGGUGUACGCAUCGCGGGAGUCGUCGCCCACGCGGCGUCUCAACAACCUGUCGCCAGCGCCGCACCUGGCGUCCGGCUCGCCGCCGCCCGGGCUGCCGUCGGGGCUGCCAUCGGGGCUGCAGUCCGGUUCGCCGUCGCGCUCGCGCCUAUCGUACGCCGGGGGGCGCCCGCCCUCGUACGCCGGCAGCCCGGUGCACCACGCGGCCGAGAGGCUGGGAGGCGCCCCGGCCGCCCAGGGCGUCAGCCCCAGCCCCAGCGCCAUCCUGGAGCGGCGCGACGUGAAGCCGGACGAGGACCUGGCGAGCAAGGCGGGCGGCAUGGUGCUGGUGAAAGGCGAGGGCCUCUAUGCUGACCCCUACGGGCUGCUGCACGAGGGCCGUCUGAGCCUGGCCGCGGCCGCCGGCGACCCGUUCGCCUACCCGGGCGCCGGCGGCCUCUACAAGCGCGGCUCGGUGCGCUCGCUCAGCACCUACUCCGCCGCCGCGCUGCAGUCCGAUCUGGAGGACUCCCUGUACAAGGCGGCGGGCGGCGGCGGCCCGCUGUACGGCGACGGCUACGGCUUCCGCCUGCCGCCUUCGUCACCGCAGAAGCUGGCCGACGUGGCAGCGCCCCCCGGAGGUCCCCCGCCGCCGCACAGCCCCUACUCGGGGCCGCCCAGCCGCGGCUCGCCAGUGCGCCAGUCCUUCCGCAAGGACUCGGGCUCCUCAUCCGUCUUUGCCGAGAGUCCUGGAGGGAAGACCCGCAGCGCGGGGAGCGCCUCGACGGCCGGAGCUCCCCCUUCGGAGCUCUUCCCUGGGCCUGGGGAACGCUCGCUGGUUGGGUUCGGGCCGCCAGUGCCAGCCAAGGACACGGAGACCAGGGAGCGCAUGGAGGCCAUGGAGAAGCAGAUUGCCAGCCUCACAGGCCUGGUGCAGAGCGCCUUACUGCGAGGCUCUGAGCCUGAGACCCCCAGCGAGAAGAUUGAAGGCUCCAAUGGAGCAGCCACCCCCUCAGCACCCUGUGGGUCAGGCGGCCGGAGCAGCGGGGCCACCCCGGUGUCCGGCCCGCCCCCGCCCUCGGCCAGCAGCACCCCCGCAGGGCAGCCUACCGCCGUUAGCCGCCUGCAGAUGCAGCUUCACCUGCGAGGCCUGCAGAACAGCGCCAGUGACUUGCGCGGCCAGCUCCAGCAGUUGCGCAAGCUCCAGCUACAGAACCAGGAGUCGGUGCGCGCGCUGCUGAAGCGCACGGAGGCAGAGCUGAGCAUGCGCGUAUCGGAGGCGGCGCGGCGGCAGGAGGACCCGCUGCAGCGGCAGCGCACCCUGGUGGAAGAGGAGCGGCUGCGCUAUCUCAACGACGAGGAGCUUAUUACCCAGCAGCUCAAUGACCUGGAGAAAUCGGUGGAGAAGAUCCAGAGGGAUAUGUCCCACAACCACCGGCUGGUGCCCGGCCCUGAGCUGGAGGAGAAGGCACUGGUGCUGAAGCAGCUCGGGGAGACGCUGACAGAGCUCAAGGCUCACUUCCCCGGCCUGCAGAGCAAGAUGCGGGUGGUGCUGCGUGUGGAGGUGGAGGCGGUGAAGUUCCUGAAGGAGGAGCCCCAGCGCCUGGAUGGGCUCCUCAAGCGCUGCCGCGGGGUCACAGACACGCUGGCCCAGAUCCGAAGGCAAGUGGAUGAGGGUGUGUGGCCACCCCCCAACAAUCUCCUGAGUCAGUCCCCCAAGAAGGUGACGGCAGAGACUGACUUCAACAAGAGCGUGGACUUCGAAAUGCCACCCCCCAGCCCCCCGCUGAACCUGCAUGAGCUGAGCGGGCCAGCUGAAGGGGCCUCUCUUACCCCCAAGGGGGGCAACCCCACCAAAGGCCUGGACACUCCUGGCAAGAGAAGCGUGGACAAAGCUGUGUCUGUCGAGGCUGCAGAACGAGACUGGGAGGAGAAGCGGGCAGCCCUGACCCAGUACAGUGCCAAGGACAUCAACCGGCUGCUGGAAGAGACACAGGCAGAGCUGCUCAAGGCCAUCCCUGACCUGGACUGUGCCAGCAAGGCCCAUCCAGGCCCGGGCCCCACUCCAGAUCACAAGCCCCCCAAGGCCCCCCAUGGCCAGAAGGCAGCCCCCCGAACGGAGCCCAGUGGGAGGAGGGGCUCAGAUGAGUUGACAGUGCCCCGAUACCGCACGGAGAAGCCCUCAAAGUCGCCCCCACCGCCCCCUCCCCGCCGGAGCUUCCCCUCCUCCCACGGCCUGACCACCACACGCACCGGAGAGGUGGUGGUCACCAGCAAGAAGGACUCGGCCUUCAUCAAGAAGGCCGAGUCUGAGGAGCUGGAGGUGCAGAAGCCCCAGGUGAAGCUGCGCCGGGCUGUGUCUGAGGUGGCCCGCCCAGCCUCCACACCACCCAUCAUGGCCUCCGCCAUCAAGGACGAGGAUGACGAGGAUCGCAUCAUCGCAGAGCUAGAGAGUGGCGGAGGCAGUGUACCGCCCAUGAAGGUGGUGACUCCAGGGGCCUCUCGGCUGAAGGCGGCCCAGGGCCAGGUGGGCAGCCCCGACAAAAGCAAACAUGGCAAGCAGAGGGCCGAGUACAUGCGGAUCCAGGCCCAGCAGCAGUAACUAUGGGCCUGCCCUCUGACCACCCAGGCCCUUUGUCCAACCUCGUGCCCCCCUCCCCCCCUUUUCUGCCCCCGCCCCUCCCCAUUCAAGGGACCCCUCUCUCCAGAUGCCCCUCUGGCUUCUUCCUUUUGCAGUUAAUUUCCUUGGAUUUGUGGAGGUUUUCCACUUUUAAAACUUCAGCUGGGGGCCAGCUUGGAGGCGCUCCCUUCCACUCUCUGACCCCUGACCCCUGUUUUUGUUCCAGGCCACUAAACCAUCUAAAGAGAUGAGCGGGUCGAAUGAGACCUCGAGCCCAGUCUCAGAAAAGCCCUCGGCUUCCAGAACCUCUAUCCCUGUAUUGACUUCCUUUGGGGCAAGGAAUUCUUCCAUCUCCUUCUAGAAGCCCCUCACCCCGCUGCCCCGCCUGUCCCCCUCCCUCACUCCUGCCAUUUCUCCCCUCUCUUCCCUUCAUCUCCACCCCACCCCACCCUACUCUCCAGACCCCCUGAGGGGUGUGCCCUGAAGAGGAGGGUGCGGCCCUCCUCAGCUCCCUCUACCCAUCAUCUGUUGGUGUUUUUGGUUUUUUUUUUUGUUUUUUUUAACAAUUAACUUUUAAUUAUCUUUUUUUAAACAGUAAAACUAAAAACCAAACACACCACCUUCCUUGAUCUGUUCCCAGCUGGCCUCUCGCUGGCCGCACCUGUCACGUCUCUCCCUCUUCUCUUUCACCACUCUUUCCCCCAGUCCAUCCUGAAGCUCCUGCACCCCUUUCCCACCUUCCCCUCACUUCCCAAGAAUACUCCAAACAAACUCUGAACCACGGAGACUUGGAGCAGUGGGAGACCCCUCUCCCGUUUCUCGGUACCUUCCUGGAGGAACGCGGGGACAUCGGACCAACCCAUACAUCAAGCCGGAGAGCGGGGCUCAGGGAGACUGGCCUUGGAGACGCCCCACUCCCUGUCUAAGCUCGGACAAGACUGUGACCGCCUCUGUGGCUGCUCUGCCUCCUCGCACUCACACCCCAGUGGGCCUGGAGUAGAGACGGACAGGCUGGAGACGAGGCCGGGCUUUGAGAGGCCUCAGGGUGGGUGCGAGGCCAUGGAGUCUGUGUCCCUGGGGAGGCGCUGGCCUCCUGGGCCUCGCCGUCCAGUGGGGAGUGGAGGGCAGAGGCCCUUUGGUCUGCUGGCUGUGGAGAGUGGGUCCCACGGACAGCCGGACAUCAGGGACACUGCCUUGGGAGAGGGCCGCCUGGACGGGUAUUUGGUUCUUUUAGUUUCCUGAUUUAGCACUUUAAAUGGCAUUAACUUAUUUAAUGCGGGUGGGGUGGGCAAGAAUGAGGGCCUAGAAAACCAGGUUUUGUGGCCUGCAGUUGGGGGAAGGGUCUGGUUUGAGGGAAAUGGGAGGGUCGAGAGGGGCUUGAUGGGGAGCACUGAAGACACCUGGGACCCGCAGGUGGGGUGACUUGACCUUCAGUCAUCCUCUUGGCGAUUUGAGGGUUUUCCCGGGAAAGGAUGAGACGUAGUUUUUCAAUGGGGCUCUGGUGACCCGGUGAGAUGUCUGAAGGUCCCUGAGGCCUGACCAUCCAGCCAGCGCCCCUGGCCUGUGGACGCCCUGCCUGCCCUGCAGAGGCGGUUGGCAGUGCUGCCUGGCUUUUGGCCGGGUCCUGGGGAGGCAGAGAGAGGCCAAUUUUGGUUCUCACUCCUGGCCCCCCAGAGGGCACAGUGAGGAGCCAGUAGGGAGAGGAUAGGAGAAGAGGAGGAGGAGGAGCGGGGUCCCCGGCAGCAGUAUUCCCACUUGGAGCACAAAGUGAAGCAAGCACAGGGGAGGGGGACUAGAAUCAGUCCCUCACAGCAAGCACAGAAAGGAGGAGUUGUGCAGAAGGCAGAGCCCCCCCACCCCAGCCCCUGGGGCCGGGCUGGGGAAGGUCCGCACUUGGGGAGAGCGGGGAGCUGUUGAAGGUUUGGGGGGAGGGGAAACGGGUUGUGUUUCUUCAUUUCUUUUUUUUGUUUUUGCCUUUGUUGGUUCAUCCUUGUUUUCUAGCUUUGGAUCAUUUUUGUACCAAGGCGAGCAAGCCUUUUUGAAAAAUAACAAAAGAGGAAAAAAAAAUCCCUCCUGAAAAAAAAAAACCCUGGAAAAUAGAAAAAAAAAAGGACCUCAUAAAUGAUGCAAUUACUUUUAAUUGCAGGCAACUCUUUACAUUUAAGUGAAGUGUCUUAACAUUUUAUAUUGUUUUAAAAAUAUAUUUACAUAUUAUAUAUAUAAUAUACGUAAUAUAAAUAUAUAUAAAUAUUUAAAAAAGAAAAAAAAAAGAAAACCACGGCACUCUCCCUGGCCACUGUUUUGGCGGGGGAGGGGGGCUGGGGGGCGGGCACGUCGGCCUGUCUUCUGUGGUCCCAGUGAAAUGGUCUGGUUUGAUUUGGCUGUACAGAGACCCCCUGACUUGGGAGGGGAGGGGGGAGUGGUGCCCCCUCCUCCCUCCACUCCAUUACUCUCUGCUUGCUACUUCGCUUGCCCCCAGCUCCCACCCUCAGCCCUGUGACUGGAAUGUGUGCCCCACCGUCAUUGUCCUGAGUUGAAUGUCCCUUUGUAGGGGAGGUGGGGGGGGGGGGCAGUGUCCAUCCACGAAGGGGCAGAAGGAGGAAGCCAUGUGCCCUGCCCCACCCGCUCGGGUGAAGCCCAGUGGGGUUUGCAUCUUUCUUUCCCUUUGGUUCCUGCACAUUUAUGGGCUGGGAGGCAUCCGUGUGGAAUCGCGUGCAGCCUGUGUGUGUGCUGGCACGAGCCCAUGCACUGUGUGUGCAGAUGCAUGGGGCCUGCACCCACAGGCAUGGCUGAGCACAUGUGUGGGGGAAGGCGUGGGCACAUAGGUGCAUGUAACCUGUUCGGGCAUUGGCACGUGCCUACCUGCAUGUUAGCGUGAGAGGAGCUUUGUGUGUGAGAACAUGUGUAAUGUGUGUGCAGACAUGCCUAGCGCCAGAGACUUGUAUGUGGGCCACGUACAUGUGGAUAGAGACGCAUACAUGGAGGUGCAUGUGAUCUGUGUCUCCGAGUGUGUGUGUGCACGUAUGUGUGCUGGUGCAGACCCAGGUGUGUGGGUGUGCCUCUGUGUGCGUGUGUUCCAUCAUCCCUGCACCACUGGCUCCAGAUCCCUUCCUGAGCCCCCGUCCCCGCUGGCCCUCUCACAGCCUGCAGCACAUCAGUGCCCCCAGCUGCAUGCGCCUCGCUGCUCUGUCCAUCAGUGUGUGCUUGACCAAGAGAAAACUAAGACGUCUCCGGGGACCCCUGUACCUGGUCCUCUCAGCCCCCGCCCACUGUGCUGUGUUACUCGCAUGGGGGGUUUCCUGCCCCUUCCACAAUAUGCUGUUUCCCCAGGAGCCUCAGGCCUGAGGCUCUGAGUGGGGUCCCCAGGGGGCCCCCCGGGGUGAGCCCCGGCUCCACACCCUGCCCCAUCCACCCUGUAGGGCCCAUGUUGGUGUAGCAGUGAUGGCUUCUGUGGAUAUUCUGUGACCUCUGUCGGUGUAACUUGACAAUUUCUAAAUGGAAAAGGGUUGCUGUGUUUUCUCUGUCUCUCUUUUUUAAUGUCCUUUUUUCUUCUCCGCACCUCCCUGCUCUCUUUCCUUUUCAGUUUUUCUAGCCAAGUGUUUGGGGCUUUAAUAAAACUUGUUUCUUUUUCCUCUCCUGGA